AUACGUCACGGUGCGCCCCCACAGAUUCCCCGAAAGGACGGUCUGUCUCUAGCUAGGUCCCGGUGGAGGUAGUACCCAAUCCGCUCCUGCGUCGUGGGUUGCCGGUCAGGUUAGCCGGCUGGGGCUAACCCCGACCCGGAUCGAGCCCGACACAUUGCUAGGUCUCUCUCUCUCCCGCUCGCUCGCUCGCUCUCUCGCAGGACGCGUGCGUUGCCCAUGACAUUCUCCCUUUAGUAGGGUUUAACAUCACAAAACCGCAAACCGAAAUCCCAUCCCUCUCUCCAGAGCAGAUCCCCACACCUGAUUUUAACCGUUAAUCUGAGCAAUCAUAAUCCAAUGGCCACGAUUGCCAGGUCCGUCAUGCGCCCGGCCGCCUCCAUCCGGAACGCAGCAGCAAAGCUCACUACAGAAGCGAAAGCCAAAAGCUCCUCUCCGUUAGUCCGCAUGUCCUCCACCCGAAACCCCUCUUCUCCCUCUCGGUUUCUCCUCAGGUCGACGAUCGAGAUGAGCUGCUGUUUGGAGUCGCUCAUGCCGCUUCACACCGCCACCUCUUCUGCUCUCCUCACUUCAAUGCUCCCCGUCUCUCGCCCUGGCUAUGGUUGGCUCUCUGAAGGCCUUUCAAUGCCUUUAUAGCAGUAUUUCAUCAGUGGCUGCUUGGUACCCGAUGGAUUGAUCCAUUAGGUAAGACGUGCAUGAUCGGCAUGACCUUUUCUGUCAAUUUUGCUCAUCAGAAACCGAAGAAAUGAAUUACUUGGUAAUCUCCAUGCAAUCUGUGUUUUGUGUGCCGAUUCACAAAGGACUUGAUCCUUCUGUUUAUUUCUGGAACCCUGUCUUGAUGCUCAGCAGCACACAAGUACUCUUUAGCUUU